ACACGGUUGUUGUUUUUCCUUGUUUCCAGUUUUUGGGUGACGGAUUAUGAAAUUCGAUUAGACGUCGUCGUCGAAAUGUCAACAACCGAGUCCCGUUACUACUAGAAAUGGCGGUCGGGAGGGAAAUGAAAUGAGAGCAAAACUGUGGAUAGAUGGCGGGGCGUGUGGUGGAUAUCCGGUCCCUUCUAGAAAAAACCCAAUGAGGUUUCUCGCCCCUUUUUUUUUGGUUUUCGGUGAUUAUAUUUUACUCGGUGAAAAACCACAACAGUCGAACCGGAACCAACUUCCGAAUGUGCUCUCGUUUAAUUACCUUGUUUCUUCUUAAAUAACAAAAAAAGGUUAUUCCAAAAUUCCUAGUGGGCGUAGUGUUGCACUGUUUAAAAUCGGAUAAGGAUCGGGAUCAGUAUUUUUAUUAUUUGGUUGUUCUUCUUCUUUCUGGCUCACACACACACACAAACACAAGGGACGUCGGGACGGGAGAGACACGACGGCGAGUGACAGAGAGAGAGCGCGUGCACAGCUAUUAUUAACCGCCGACUUGUGUGUGCGCUCCUAACCCAAACUCAAACAAAUCUCCCCACUUCCCCCUUUGCUCUUCUCUCAGAGUCUCUCCUCCACUUUGCUGUGCUUUGCUCCCGCAUCUCGCAGAGGAGAAACGCCCUCUACUCUCCCGUCUGUUUCGUGAUUUAACCCCCCCACGCACGAACACACACAACCCAAAAGAAUCUGAGGAAAACAUCGGAACCUUUUAGACUGUCCAUUCGUCCAGCGGCCAUGUCAACAUCCGGAUCGAUGGACGACGACUUGAGUGCCAUUGUAACUCGCCUAUCCAAGGAAUUGGAGAUGAUGGGCUUGCCCGGUUUGGCCAGCAGCAGCAGCUAUCAGCAGCAGGUAGACUACGGCGGUGUUGGCGCCAUUGCCCAUCAGCCAGCAGAGGACGUGAUCAGCGAUCUGAUCAACUCUUCUUACGACCUUAUUGGCCUGCUUCGCGAUCUGCAACGUUCCAAACGCCAGCGGGAAGAUCACGCCCAGCAGCUGAUUCACGACUUGCAACGCUCACAGUGGCUGCUGGACAAAGAGAAGGAGCUGGGCGUUCAGCGUGAGCGUGAAGCCGCCGAAGCGUACGAGAAAGAGCGCCAGGCAAAUGUCCGUCUUCAAUUGAGCGAGACGCUAUUGAAAAAGAAGAGCGAAGAGCAUCGCCAGUUGGCUCACGAGUCCCAACUCAAAGAGAAUCAGUGGCUGCACGCACUUCGGCGUCGUGAUCAGGAGAACCAUCGAUUACAUCAGCAGUUGCUCAAAUUCUUGCACAGCAAAUCAACUGGUGGUGGCGGUGGCGGAACGGGAAUGGUUCAAGUCGAAAUGCGCGGAUCCCUCGGUGCUCCCGCACGUACCUCAUCGUCCGAUUCGACCAGGUUGCGCAAGCAAUGGGACAGAACGGCCGCUGCCGACGACGCCAAAAAACUGGUUGAAGCCAAGUGGAAAAUGGCCUUAAAUUCUUUAGAGAAAGACCACGGACUUUUGCGAGCCGAUUAUUUCCAAUUGGUCGAAAUGGUCGGUCGCUUUCUGACAAAUUGUUCCACCAAAUUGACUGGCCGUACUCGCUCAGCAGACACUCGUCCAUUUGCCAAUGUCACGGAAUGGAUUCAACUUCCUGUCGUUUCGAUGAGAGAUCGACUGGAACAAGUUUUCCAGCUGGUGGAGGCCGGCCUUGUUUCAACGACCUUUCCAGUCCCUAAUCAACUCGAAAUCAUCACCGACCGACAACAACAUCCUACGAGUUUCGAUUCUUUAGAAAUUGAUUAUGUCAUGCCAAUAAUCGGCCAGCCAUUGUUGGAACCAGAAACUGUAACAACAGCCGCCGCCCAUCAGCAGCAGCUGCUACUGCCGGCAGCACUAUUAGAAAAUCAGAAAGUGGCGACUAAUAAUUGCAUUAGUCCUAUCAUUAAAGAUGAAGUUGUUGGUGCUGGCGUCACGUCGUCACGCACCAGCAGCAGCAGCAGCGCCAUUUCGACAGCAGCAACAAAGUCGGCGUCUGCUGCGCAACAGCGACCGUUUAAAAUGGUGAAAUCCAUCGUCCAGCAGCAGCACUCAACAACGUCAACAACCGGACACCAGUUUGAUGGUGGACUGACGACCGACCCGUAUUCUAGUAUCGCCUUUCGAAAUAAUAAUGCCGGCCGCACGACUAUUAAUAACGACGAAUCGUCGUCACAAGUUGUUGGUAAUCAAGUCGAUUGGAACGAGACGGACAGCAGCCCGCCAGCAGCAACGGCAGUUUACAGCCAGAAGAGUUAUUCGCUUUUGAUGGGCCGGCAGCAAUCAACGAGCGGAACGUCUUCUCCUAUUAUCGGAUUAAAAGAAAACGACGACGGAUUGCUGCUGGAUGAGAUGGCCAUCACUUUAGAUACACCUUGUCCUAGUGCCAGCAAUAGUCGCAGCGGAAGCUGUUCCAGCACUUCCAGCAUCAGCAGCUGCAAGUCCCAGCAGCAGGAUUCAUCCAGGAUCGAUCCUUGUGGCUCGGCCAGCGGGAUCGAUGAGCAGUUCUUGAGGACGUGCAGCGACGCUGCCUCUCUAGUCAGCAGAGACAACAGCAGCAACCGAAUAAGUGGUCCGUCCGCUUUGAAAUCUGGCACAGCGUCAACAUCACUCAAUUUGAACCGGAGGACCAUUACGGCCAGAGUUCGUUUCGUCCAGCCACAACCAACGACGGCGGCGGGCGGCGCCCAUCAUCAUCCGGGAGACCCGGUUGACCUUCAAUGUUGUCUCAUCACGCCGCCGCCUCCUAACUCUUAACC